CGCGCUCGCGCUCGUGUCACGUCACUUCCGGCAGCGAGUUGGGUUGCGGAGUCGCGGUGAAGGGGCCCGUCGAGCAGACGGAGGGUCGCGGGGCAGCCGCAUCCGACCCGUAUGCGCACGGCGGCCGGAGACAUCGCUAGUUCCCGCGGAUUUACUCUUUCCUCUCUCCGCUUCGCCUUGCGGGCAGUUGUGUGUGAGUGAGUGAGUGCCUGGGGGGGUGUGGGGGCAACCGAACCAGCCGCCGCAGCAGCAGCAGCAGCCGCCCGCCCACCAGCUUCAGCCGUUGAGCCUCGGCCCGCUCUGCCGAAGGAUGGGAAACGCUGCGACCGCCAAAAAGGGCAACGAGAUCGAGAGCGUGAAAGAGUUCUUAGCAAAAGCCAAAGAAGACUUCUUAAGAAAAUGGGAAAGUCCACCACAGAAUACUGCAGGCCUAGAUGAUUUUGAAAGGCAAAAAACACUUGGAACGGGUUCUUUUGGAAGAGUUAUGUUGGUGAAACACAAAGGCACAGAACAGUACUAUGCCAUGAAGAUACUUGAUAAACAAAAAGUUGUUAAACUGAAACAAAUCGAACACACACUCAAUGAGAAGAGAAUAUUGCAAGCAGUUAAUUUCCCAUUUCUGGUGAAAUUGGAGUAUUCCUUCAAGGACAACUCUAAUUUAUAUAUGGUGAUGGAAUACGUACCAGGUGGUGAAAUGUUUUCACAUCUUAGAAGAAUUGGAAGGUUCAGUGAACCUCAUGCACGGUUUUAUGCUGCCCAGAUAGUGUUGACUUUUGAGUACCUUCAUUCGUUAGACCUCAUCUACAGAGACCUGAAGCCUGAAAACCUCUUAAUUGACCAACAAGGGUACAUCCAGGUCACAGAUUUUGGUUUCGCAAAGAGGGUAAAGGGCAGAACCUGGACACUUUGUGGAACACCAGAAUAUUUGGCACCAGAGAUUAUUCUCAGCAAGGGCUAUAACAAAGCAGUGGACUGGUGGGCACUGGGGGUUCUAAUCUAUGAAAUGGCAGCUGGAUACCCCCCAUUCUUUGCAGACCAGCCGAUACAGAUCUAUGAAAAGAUUGUCUCUGGAAAGGUACGGUUUCCUUCUCACUUCAGUUCAGACCUGAAAGACCUGCUGCGAAACUUACUUCAAGUAGAUCUGACCAAACGAUACGGGAAUCUCAAAAACGGUGUGAAUGACAUCAAGAACCACAAAUGGUUUGCCACUACAGAUUGGAUUGCAAUUUACCAGAGGAAGGUGGAAGCUCCGUUCAUACCCAAGUGUAGAGGUCCAGGUGACACCAGCAAUUUCGAUGAUUAUGAAGAGGAGGACAUCCGUGUCUCUUUAACUGAAAAAUGUGCUAAAGAAUUUGCUGAUUUUUAGAAAGAGUAAGAGACCAUCAGGGCUUGUAUUGGGAUCUUUGCACUCUGCUAACAGAUGGGGUGGAGUUGAAACCAUCUUACUCGUCGAAACAAUUACUUAGUUUCUUCAUUCCACAUGGCUGAGAUCCUCCUUUGCCAUAAUUCAUGUGUGCAUUUGGCACAACCCUCAUACACAGGCACAUUUACUCAAAGCACUACCUGUGCUGCAA